AUUGGCUUCUACUGUACAUGCACUGUCUGGCCCCUGAUACCCAUGACCUCUUUAGACUGUCCAUCCAUGCACCGAGGCUUUCGGAUUGUCCGAGAUCAUUAAUGUCACCCAUCUAACAAGAGGAUAAAGGAGGGGCGGAGAAUUGUCAAAUCUCGUUGUGCAGAUUAGAUUAGACUAUAAAACCAGCUCCUCCAGUCGACCAGCCCCAUGGCAUGUAUUGGUGGGCAUCUACAAGGCACAAUACAUUGUAUAAUACAAGCAGGGAUAGUGCAAAUAAGAGAAGCGCAGAUCUUACCACCAGUCAGCUGUUUGCAAUGGAGAUCCUGGAGGCGAGGGCGGCGCAAAUUGCGCAACGAUGGAUAACUGACAUUUUUACGCGCGUCCACACCACCUGCGACGUUCCCGAACACGCAGUUUUUGGACCAUGUGAGCUGAAUCACACCUCUGUUUAUGACAGCAUCGCCUUCAUCGCUCUCAAGUCUAUGGACAGAAGAUCAGCACCAUACAUUUUAAGGGUGGACACCUCAGCGCACAAAAUGCCCACUGACGGCCCGAUGUGGCUGCGGCUCGUCCAGUCAGCCCGGAGCAGCGAGGAACAGAACCUAGAGGCCUAUGUGAAGAACGGACAACUGUUCUUUAGAGCCCUCAGGACGAUCCAGACGGAUGAGGAGCUUUUGGUGUGGUAUGGGAAAGACCUUGCCAAGCUUCUUCUACUGAACCCACUGCAGAUGCAAAGCAAAGGUGCUGGUCCAUACACAUGUACAAACUGCAACCAGGGCUUUGAGUCUGAGUUUCCCUUCCUGGCACAUUGGAGAUUCCUUUGCACACAGAGACAACCAAACAGCCACACCACCAAACUUGGUCAAGACAACAUCAACCAUGUGAAACCUGACUCCCUUCCCGUUCCUGCCUUCAAACUGAGCCAUCCAGAAACAAGUCCACAGGAUGGAAAACCUGCAACAGACUUCCACAAUCUAGCCAGGGAUAUGGAGAAUAACAGUAAUAAGACAGGCUUGUCUGGUACCAGGUGGGCAGGGAGCGCCCUCAAAAGGAAACACACGGAGGAGAGUUGGAAUGGCCCACAGCCUCGAGUCAUAAAGCAGGAACCACUGGAGAGAGGUUACUGUACUUUGAACUUGAACCAACAACCAAGCCCGGUCACCUGUCACCUGCCCACCAAUAUAAUAAGGAGCACCUUUACUAAAGACAGAAACGCUCAACUAAAACCACAACUGAAGACCUCAGGGCCAGAAGACAUUAGAUCCAACCCACAGAACCAGAGCAUUCAGCCCGGAAGUGGCUCAGCAGUGGAGCAGAGUGACUCAAAGAAGAAGACUCUGAAAGACACUCUGUCUCAAUCUCCAUCCCACUCUGAGGAAACCUCCACUGACUCUCCUCCUGUCACCUCUGCCUUCAAUCAAGUCUCUGUCUCGGAGAACAGGAGAAGUGCCUUCUCCCAGCCCCCACGCUCUGUUCCACUUCCCCAGACUACCCCCCUGCCUGAGAGGGCUACAAUCUCCAUUACCACUCCCUCUACUGCCCUCCACAGACCUGUGCUGGUCCAGGGUGUUUUGAAACAGAGGCAUCCUCUCUAUAGCCCAGCAGCUCUCUGGCCCUGGACCCCAGGGAGACCCCUGCAGGUUCCGAUCCCACCCUCCCCGGUGCUCCUGUCCCCUUCCGUCUCACGACUCUCGCCCCUCUGCCUGCCGGCUCAGAACUGGUGUGCCAAAUGCAACAUUUCCUUCCGCCUGACUUCAGACCUGGUGCAGCAUAUGAGGUCUCACCACAAGAGGGCGCUUGAUGCCACAGGAUCUGCGUGUGGGGUGAAACAACAGCAGCACAGGGAGAGGGAAGAGAGGCUCAAGUGUUCCAUCUGCAGCGAGGUCUUCAGACAACGUCAUCACCUUGCACGUCACUUGACCUCUCAUACAUGAGUUCAGAUCAUUAGUAAGGUAUAAUAUUCAUAUUGAUAAAGAUACUAAUGGGGAACUAAUUCAACACAUUAAAUAACUAUUAUGUAAUUAUUAUAAUGUACAUUAACAAUGCAAUGACAUUUUAUUUGAAACAUGAAUGAGUCUGCUUACAUGUAAAGCAUAAUUUUUCCCCCUUAGAAAUAGUUUAGAUUUUCCUCUCAAUCCAGUCAAAUGUGACAUUUUUUGUGCGCUAUUUAUUUUCUUAUUCUUUUACAAUAAAUUAUUAUUAUUAUUUACAAUAUUACAAUAUUUUCGGUGUGGA